CCGUAUAAAGAGAGCAGAAUCAGCAAACAUUUAACUGUGCAAAACAAAAUGGCAUCAAGAUCUCUCUCCAUGGAGGGCUCAGCAGACAAGCUACACUUUAAGAAUGAAUCAAGUUCUCUUGGACCAUCAGCUGCAGACCUGGACAGACUACAGACCACUAAAGAAGAAGCUGCAGACAAGAUUUGUCCAGGUUCCUCUUCACCAUCAGCCACCGACCUGGACAAUCCAGAUGCCUCUAAAGUACCAGCUUCAAAAAUGAACUGUCCAAACUCAGUUCAGCCUCCAGUGAUAGUAAUGGAUGCUCCAGACUCCUCUAAAGAAUCAGUUUCAGAAAUGGACCACCAGAGUUCGUCCAAACCCUCAAUUGCAGAUAUGGACUGCCUAAUCUGCUUCAACAGGUACAAUAUUUACAGGAGGCCUAAGCUCCUGGCUUGCCAACAUGCUUUCUGUGAAGUCUGCCUCAAGCUCAUCCUUCAGAAUGAGGACAGCACAUGGAUGAUCCUCUGCCCUCUGUGCAGAAAACCCACUGUUGUGUUUGGAGGGCUUAUCCGCACCCUUCCUGAUAAAGAAGAUAUUGUAGGCCAUUUGGAAAACCCUUGUCCACAUGCUGAAGUACACCUCUCUCCUGAAGGACUGGAUGGCAACGGUGGUACUCAGUCAAGCCAUGCCACUAUCUAUGAAAACCAGGACAUUCCCAGUAGCAAUCAAUUAGCUGUCCAAAGAUUUGUGUUGCUUUUGUUGUUCGUGGUGAUCCUGAUCAUCCUUGUACUCCCAUUUAUGUUCACUGGACUGAUUCAAUGGGUUCUUUGCCUUAUGCUAAUAUUGGGAUUGAUCAUGUCUUUGGUGCUUUGCUGCAACCCCAGUUUCAACUGGAGAUCUUUUGGGAUUUCAGUUCCAUUAUGCCACAAGAAAGAAAGCAACAUUAUAUCCAUUGCCUGAAAAGACUGGUGUGCAUUCUAGAGACUUUGGACUGGUGUUAUUUGCAAGUUGCCAAAUGGGAAACAAUGGCUGGUCAUUAUAAUAUAAAUGUUCAUAAAAUAAAUUCAAAACACAUCCUUAAAUUAUCCCGGUAAGGAGUAGCCACAACACAUAAUAUUGCUUAAUUUCAUUAUCUGACAUAGUGAAACAUUGGUAUUUAAUGUCUUUGAUAGGUGUUUAGGAUUUUCCUUGCUUGGGCUUUGUUUGUUCUGGUGCAAUACCUUUUGACUUGCACUGCAGAGUGUUUAUUAUAUACCAUGCUUAUCAGCUGGCUUCCUGGGAAGACCAAUACAACAUCUGCCAUUGUGUUUGUAGUACCUGUCUUAGCUUGUGUAUUUGUUCGUGGUAGAGUCUUGGGCUAAAGAUAAAAACAACCAUACAUGUAAUCACAAUGAGUCAGUUUUUUAAGUAGCUGAAACAAAAUACAGGA